GCUAGAUACGCUGUAACAGUAAGCUAGAAAAACAGCUCAUUACCAUUUCAGGUGUAAGACAGAAUCACGGUAUUGAGAGAUAAAACACACAUGGCACAGUUGCUUAGAAUCAAAGUAGCUGGCUAAAAGUGGGCAGGUGACAUCUGAUUGGGGCUCCUGGAUGGUUUCACAAAGGAACCCAAAUAUGUAUGAAUUGGGGGCUACAUAUCUGCUUAUUAUAAAGGAAGACAUAAUAAUUGGUCCUAUACAAGAAGAAUGAUUUGGCAACAAAUAAGGGAAACUAGGGAAUGCUAUAUAAAGAAGCCUUCCAAGAGUAAAGGAAGAUGAAAAAGAGACUAAGCAGAAUAUUAAAGAUGUAAUAUCCAUGCAGCAUGGUAAGGGAGAAUGAAUCUAUAUUCACCCUAUGUGUUCAUAGAGACUAUGUUGUAUUCAGGAUCUUCCAAUAUUCUCAAAGUUAGCCUCAAUCAGCUAAGGUAAGUAGAGUCUUGCAAGCAGCAGACAAUUUGAUGAGUUAUAGUCACUCAAGAGCAACCAGGGGAUACUGAAGCAGAGAAAGCUCAUGGAAAGAUACAACCCACAGAUGGCUAGUUAUUAUGAGAAGAAAAUCUGGAAGACAGGUAGGUCCAUGUCUCAUUGUUCUGUUUUCAAUUUGCAGCGUGAAUGCAUAUCCAUCCACGUCGGUCAGGCUGGUGUUCAGAUUGGCAAUGCGUGUUGGGAAUUAUAUUGUCUUGAACAUGGAAUCCAGCCUGAUGGUCAAAUGCCUAGUGAUAAAACUGUGGGAGGUGGAGACGAUUCAUUUAACACCUUCUUCAGUGAGACAGGAGCUGGUAAACAUGUUCCCAGAGCAGUGUUUGUGGACCUAGAGCCAACUGUUGUUGAUGAAGUACGUACAGGCACAUAUAGGCAGUUAUUCCAUCCUGAGCAGCUCAUUACUGGGAAAGAAGAUGCAGCCAAUAAUUAUGCCAGAGGCCAUUAUACCAUUGGAAAAGAGAUUGUUGAUCUAGUGCUAGACCGCAUUCGCAAACUGGCUGAUCUGUGCACAGGGCUGCAAGGUUUCCUUAUCUUUCAUAGUUUUGGAGGAGGCACUGGCUCAGGGUUUGCAUCUCUGCUCAUGGAAAGGCUCUCUGUUGACUACGGCAAGAAGUCUAAACUAGAAUUUGCGAUUUAUCCAGCACCACAAGUUUCCACUGCUGUAGUGGAACCCUACAACUCAAUUCUAACUACCCAUACAACAUUAGAGCAUUCAGACUGUGCCUUCAUGGUAGACAAUGAAGCCAUUUACGAUAUAUGUCGUCGUAACCUUGACAUUGAACGUCCUACUUACACCAAUUUAAACCGAUUAAUUGGGCAAAUUGUUUCAUCCAUCACAGCUUCACUGCGUUUUGAUGGAGCCCUCAAUGUAGAUCUGACAGAAUUUCAAACUAACCUUGUUCCAUACCCGCGAAUCCAUUUCCCCCUGGUAACAUAUGCCCCUGUCAUCUCUGCUGAAAAAGCCUAUCAUGAGCAGUUAUCUGUGGCCGAAAUCACUAAUGCUUGUUUUGAACCAGCCAACCAGAUGGUAAAAUGCGACCCUCGCCAUGGCAAAUACAUGGCCUGCUGCAUGUUAUACAGAGGUGAUGUUGUUCCCAAAGAUGUCAAUGCAGCUAUUGCUACUAUCAAGACUAAACGUACCAUUCAGUUUGUGGAUUGGUGCCCAACUGGAUUCAAGGUGGGCAUUAACUACCAGCCUCCAACUGUGGUGCCAGGUGGUGACCUUGCAAAGGUGCAGCGGGCUGUGUGUAUGCUGAGUAAUACAACUGCUAUUGCUGAAGCAUGGGCUCGCCUUGACCACAAGUUUGAUCUAAUGUAUGCUAAGCGUGCUUUUGUACAUUGGUAUGUUGGGGAAGGAAUGGAGGAAGGAGAAUUUUCUGAAGCCCGGGAAGAUCUGGCUGCCCUUGAGAAAGAUUAUGAAGAAGUCGGCAUAGACUCAGUAGAAGCAGAGGCUGAAGAAGGAGAUGAGUACUUAGAAAACUAAAGUCUGGAAAAAUGUAGAGAGAGGGGAAAAAAAAGAAUUGCAGAACCCUGUUUGCAGAACAUCUGCUUGUUUGACUGUUUUCAAAUAAAGUUUUAAAGGUUCUACUUUC